GACCCCCUCUCUCUCUCUCUCUCUCUGUAUCUCCAGUGUCUGCUGUGCUGUUGCCCUCCGGAGCUCCGGGUAAAUCAUGUGAUAGGAGCGGAAAUGGCCAACAGCUGAUGACUGGGCUCCAGGACAUCUUGCAAGACAGACAACCUCGUCUACUUUCAAUUCCGCCCAUUGUAUGAAGAAGAAGAAAUUGCUGCGUUUUGUUUUCUGUAUAUUAGCAGCUAAUUCGCAUUUACUGAACUGAGUUGGCUUAUUUUUUUGGUGCAUCUCUGAGUGAGAGAGAGAAAGAGAGACGAAAGGGAGGGGGAAAAGAAGAAAACCCAAGUGAUCUUUUGUUUGUUUGCUCACCGACAAGGAAAGACAACAAAAGGAGAAGCCAGGCUCCUUGUUCGGGAGGAAUUAUUGGCGAUUUUCACUCAAGAGAGAAGUGUCUGUCGAGGGUGAGGAUGCCAGCAGAGAUUUGCUGAAAGAAGACAAGAGUUGUUGGAUGUCAGUAAGAGAAUAAAACACCUUGGCUGUGUUUAUAAUCUUGACUUGUGAUCAACACUUGACUGCAUAACUCAUUUUGGGGGUUUGGUUUCUUUACCCAGGAAGACACCUUGCACAUGGUAGUGUUUGUGUUUGCCUCCAAAUCUUUGUUACAAAGUGCCUGAGUUUGCGUGUGGCUGAAACUCCUCUUCACCUUGGCUGCUUUCUUUGUUUUGGUUUUUCCUGGUGCUCUCAAUGUGAUGGAACUAAUGUUUGCUGAGUGGGAGGACGGUGAAAGGUUUUCUUUUGAGGACAGUGACAGGUUUGAAGAAGAUUCCCUCUGUUCGUUCAUCUCUGAGGCAGAAAGCUUGUGUCAGAACUGGCGAGGAUGGAGAAAACAGUCGGCUGGUCCUAAUUCACCUACUGUUAAAAUUAAAGAUGGCCAAGUUACCCCUCUGGUAGAACUAUCAGCCAAGCAAGUAGCCCUUCACAUUCCCUUUGAAGUAGUUGAGAAGGUUUACCCACCAGUACCUGAGCAGCUGCAGCUUCGUAUUGCCUUUUGGAGUUUUCCAGAGAAUGAGGAAGACAUCAGGUUGUACUCGUGUUUGGCUAAUGGAAGCGCAGAUGAAUUUCAGCGAGGGGAGCAGCUUUUCAGAGUGCGGGCAGUCAAAGAUCCACUGCAGAUAGGAUUUCACUUAAGUGCCACAGUGGUUCCUCCGCAGACUGCUCAAGCGAAAGGAGCAUACAAUCUGGCAGUUAUGUUCGAUCGGUGCAGAAUAACCUCGUGUAGCUGUACCUGUGGAGCAGGAGCUAAAUGGUGUGCUCAUGUAGUGGCCCUUUGCCUCUUCAGGAUACAUAAUGCCUCAGCUGUAUGUUUGCGAGCACCCGUCUCUGAAUCCCUGUCCAGGUUACAGAGAGAUCAGCUACAAAAGUUUGCUCAGUAUCUUAUUAGUGAGCUGCCUCAGCAGAUUCUCCCAACGGCACAGCGGCUCCUUGAUGAGUUACUUUCAUCUCAGUCAACGGCGAUCAACACAGUCUGUGGGGCUCCAGAUCCAACUGCUGGGCCAUCAGCUUCUGACCAGAGCACCUGGUACCUGGAUGAAUCUACGCUCAGUGACAAUAUAAAGAAAACCCUCCAUAAAUUCUGUGGCCCUUCUCCUGUUGUAUUCAGUGAUGUCAACUCCUUGUAUCUGUCUUCAACUGAGCCACCAGCUGCGGCUGAGUGGGCUUGCCUCUUACGACCCCUUCGUGGAAGAGAGCCCGAAGGCAUCUGGAAUCUUUUAUCAAUUGUCCGAGAGAUGUUCAAACGCCGUGAUAGCAAUGCAGCUCCCCUGCUUGAAAUUCUUACAGAUCAAUGUUUGACUUACGAGCAGAUUAUUGGAUGGUGGUACAGUGUCCGAACAUCUGCUUCCCACAGCAGUGCCAGUGGUCAUACAGGUCGCAGCAAUGGCCAAUCCGAAGUGGCAGCUCAUGCCUGUGCCAGCAUGUGUGAUGAGAUGGUGGUUUUGUGGAGAUUAGCUGUUUUGGACCCUACUAUGAGUCCUCAGAGGAGGAAAGAACUCUGUUCACAGCUCAGGCAAUGGCACUUGAAGGUGAUAGAAAUUGUCAAGAGAGGUCAGCAUCGCAAGUCGCUGGAUAAACUUUUUCAGGGUUUUAAACCAGGGAUUGAAGCUUGCUAUUUCAGCUGGGAAGAGGCGUUCCCUAUUCCAGGCAUCACCUACAAUAGCGCUGAGAAAAAGAACACAUUCUGCUGGGCAAAAGCCAUGCAGCACAAAGCUACCAAGAUCUGUGGAGAAAUACAGAAUGCUGAACCUAGCUGUGAGGCUGGUCGUACAACACCUAAGCCUCAAGGGCAGGAGGCUGCAGGCACAGCAAUACAGUUUGCUGACAAAAGCAGAGGCUCGCAGGAAAUUGCUGUUAGACCCAAGGAUAGUAUGAUGAAAAGGAAAGCUACCUCUGAUGCUUCUAGGAACAACGUGAGCAGAUUGUCGUCCGAAGCUGACAAGCCUGUUUAUAAGUUGAAUACAAACAAGUGUAAACUACCUCAGGGGAAAUGUUCCACCAGCAAACAUUCAGGGAAAAGGAGGACAAGCAGUGAGGACAGCUCAUUGGAACCAGACCUGGCAGAACUUGGUCUUGAUGAUGGCAAUCUUGCACUAGGAGCAGAAGCUUGCAAUACUUUUCUCUAUGAAGAUAGUCCAACCAGCAAUUACAAGGAUCUAUAUCAUGAUGAGAGUGAGGGUUUCUUUGUUGAGAAUCUUGAUAAUGAGACGAACAAUGUUGCUCCAAAGGGAGAAGGUAGAGAGGGUGUUGAGAUGAGUAAUGGGGAGGACGAGGCUCUUGCAGAAGUGAACUCUCAAUCAAAAACAUUGGGUCCACAAGCAGCAGAUAGUCCUGCUGUAGGAGAGGAUGACUAUCAGGUCUAUUACCUUAAUCCUCAGGAAGUGGCUAAAGAGGAGGGAAAACAAGAGGGGAAUAAUGAAGAGGAGCAAGACAUCUUUACUGGCUUAAAGCCACUUGAGCAAGAAAACAGAAUGGAGGUCUUGUUUGCCUGUGCAGAAGCACUGUACGCUCAUGGCUACCACAAUGAAGCGUGUCGCCUGGCCGUUGACCUCGCUAGGGACCUGUUGGCUAAUCCUCCUGACCUGAAAGUAGAGCAGCCACAAACAAAGGGCAAAAAGAAUAAAGUUUCGACUCACAAACAGACGCUAAUUGCUACCAAUACUCUUGCUAAAGCUGCCUUCUUGUUAAUAGUCCUAAGUGAAAGGCAAGAGCUCCACAAUCUAGCCUACUGUAUAGGAAUGUUUUCACUGGAACUGCAGCGACCACCAGCAUCCACGAAGGCCCUGGAGGUCAAGCUUGCCUACCAGGAAUCAGAAAUUGUGGCUUUGCUAAAGAAGAUUCCACUAGGCAUUAAUGAGAUGAAUACUAUUCGAGAAAGGGCGGAACAACUGAGGGAAGGAAACUUCUGUGAUUACAGGCCUGUGCUGCCAUUGAUGCUGGCCAGCUUCAUCUUUGAUGUCUUGUGCACGCCAGUGGUUUCACCGACUGGAUCGAGGCCUCCAAGCCGCAAUCGCAAUAAUGAGAUGCCGGGAGAUGAGGAACUUGGCUUUGAAGCAGCUGUUGCUGCACUGGGUAUGAAGACCACAGUAAGUGAGGCAGAGCACCCUUUGUUAUGUGAAGGCACUCGGAGAGAAAAAGGAGAUCUGGCUCUUGCUCUCAUGAUCACGUACAAAGACGAUCAGGCUAAACUAAAAAAGAUUCUGGACAAGCUGUUGGACCGAGAGAGUACAACUCAUAAGCCUCAGACGCUGAGCUCCUUUUACUCUUCGAGUAAACCGCAAGCAUCCAGUCAGAAAUCUCCAUCGAAACAUGCUUCUCAGGCAGCUUCCAACGUUCAGCAAAUAGCAAGCACGUCUGCACCUCAGCAAGCUAGUGUGACUGCUCCUAUUCCCAGCACGCCAGCAGAGAGCUUCCAAGAAGGAACCACCCAGGAGAAUACUCAGCGAGCCUCCAACGAGCCUGUCAAUGAAUCUAGCACGUUCAAACAAGAGGGGAAAAUACCAAGCCGAUUGACGCUCGGGAGCAGAGGUGGAUAUAAUGGCAGGUGUUGGGGGUCACCAGUAAGACAGAAGAAAAAGCACACGGGUAUGGCCAGCAUUGACAGCAGUGCUCCUGAGACCACCUCGGACAGCUCUCCCACCCUGAGUCGCCGACCCCUGCGUGGAGGUUGGACAGCAACCUCUUGGGGCAGAGGGCAGGACAGCGACAGUAUCAGCAGCUCCUCAAGCGAUUCUCUGGGAUCCUCCUCGUCCAGCGGCAGCCGAAGAGCAAGUGGAGGAGCUCGCACCAAAAGCACCGACGUUGGGAGAUAUAAAGGCAGGCGCCCAGAGUGUCAUGUUCCCCAUGUGCCCAACCAGCCGUCCGAAGCAGCAGCACAUUUCUACUUUGAACUUGCAAAGACAGUCCUUAUUAAAGCUGGUGGCAAUAGCAGCACAUCCAUCUUCACUCACCCGUCAGCCAGCGGGGGUCACCAGGGACCCCAGCGCAACCUCCACCUCUGUGCGUUUGAGAUCGGGCUGUACGCACUCGGCCUACACAACUUUGUAUCCCCAAACUGGCUCUCUAGAACAUAUUCCUCGCAUGUCUCCUGGAUUACAGGACAGGCAAUGGAGAUUGGUAGUGCAGCGUUGAAUAUUUUGGUGGAAUGUUGGGAUGGACAUCUCACUCCUCCAGAAGUUGCAUCUUUAGCAGAUCGUGCGUCUCGUGCCCGGGACCUUAACAUGGUCCGAGCAGCAGCAGAGUUGGCUUUGAGUUGUCUACCCCAUGCCCAUGCUCUGAACCCAAACGAAAUCCAAAGAGCAUUGGUUCAAUGCAAGGAGCAGGAUAACACGAUGCUGGAGAAGGCUUGCAUGGCAGUUGAGGAAGCAGCGAAAGGUGGGGGUGUUUACCCAGAGGUUCUUUUCGAGGUGGCGCAUCAGUGGUAUUGGCUUUACGAACAAACGGUAGGCGGAUCCCAGCAGCAGAGAGACGGAUCGGGAGGUGGCCGUGGAUCUCAUGACCUGAGCAGGGGGACUGCAGAAAGCCUUGGUCUAACUGAGGGAUCAGCUACCGUCACGGUGGCGGCCACAGUAACAGCAGCGGCAGUCAUGCCUGUCAUCACUGUUGGGUCCACCAUGUACCAACCGCAUGCCAUAGCUGGAACAGCAAUCGCACAUCCCCACACCCAGGGCUUUGUAACCAGUCCUGCAAUGACUCACCCGUACACUACCAUCCAAACACACAUACCUGUCUGUAAUCCUGCGUUUCUUGGACACCCGAUACAGCAUGUGCCUCGACCUACUGUUUUCCCUGUUCCUGGAGCGGCUUAUCCACAGGGAGUACACCCGGCAUUCAUUGGAGCUCAGUAUCCUUAUACAGUCGCAACCACAACUCAUCCAUCUAUGGCUGCUGCACCAGUGACGUUCACAGGAGUUCCUGUGCCGACUAUGGCAUCAAUGGCAGUACAUCCGUAUACAUCGGAGCCGAGCAUUCCGCUCACCUCAACUGUAGCAGUUGCCAGUGUACAGGCUGGAUCCACUUUCCAGACCAUUCAAGGAGCAACGUUGCCUGCCUUAACACCACAAGGCACUUCUAUAGUCGCCUCAACGUUUCCCACAGAGGAUGAACACUCUCAACCAGUAAGCCCUCAAGGGCUCCACUACUUGCAUUCAGCUUACAGAGUUGGAAUGUUGGCCUUGGAAAUGCUUGGCCGAAGAGCUCAUAACGACCACCCAAAUAAUUACUUCUCCAGGAGCCCUCCUUAUACGGAGGAUGUGAAAUGGCUGUUAGGACUAGCAACAAGAUUGGGUGUAAACUAUGUCUAUCAGUUCUGCAUGGGUGCAGCCAAAGGAGUUCUGAGUCCAUUUGUACUGCAGGAAAUAAUCAUGGAAGCUUUGCAGCGCCUUAAUCCUGCUCAUGUACAUGCUCAUCUCCGAACCCCAGCCUUCCAUCAGCUUGUUCAGAGAUGCCAGCAGGCGUACAUGCAGUGUAUCCAGUACCGAUUAUACCAUAUUGCUCCGGCAGAUUAUGAUGACUUCGUAAAUAUCAUCCGAAGUGCCCGUAGUGCAUUCUGCUUAACUCCAGUUGGAAUGAUGCAGUUCAAUGAAAUCCUUCAGAAUUUAAAACGAGCAAAGGGUCAAACUAAGGACUUGUGGCAAAGAAUCUCACUGGAAAUGGCUACAUUCUCUCCUUGAUGUCUGUUAUUGGUUUGUGCAGGUUUAGGUUUAUUUUUCCCCCUCCUUUAACCACUGAACUUGUAUUCUCUACUACUACAUUCCUCUUCCACUGAACUUAUAAUUGUCAGAAAACAAGAAGGUCCAACUUUGUUGGUGCGCAGAGUGUAAUCUGACAUUCACAUCCCAGAUUCCACUAGUGCCCAAUCUUUCCUGCCCCUCCCCUUGACUUUUGUAUGAAAGUUAAAAUAUUCAUGUAUAUGUCUAACUGUUUAAAGGGGGUGUGUUGCUGGAUACAGUGUGACUCGGUAAACUGACCAGCUUGAGGAGCCAAGUGACCUCCGAUAGAUGAACAAAGUCGCACCAAAAUGAAGGUCUGAAUACCACCUCUGCCCUGUAUAGAUUGUGAUUUUUAAUUUAUCUGUUUUGCCUUAGUUUCUUCAAUAUUUUUUUCAUAUUUUAAAGGGUUUCAAUUGUUUAAAACAAAACUUGUAUAUUCAGAUUCCAGAAAACUAAGUACUGGGAUAAGUUAAGAGCUUUGACACAUUUUUCAGUGUUACAGAUCAGAUGAAGUGCAACUGUAGUUUACUCCACUGACCACAUUGUAUUUCUGUCCUCAUGCAAUCUGUUAAUAUUUUUAAUCUUUUUGUGCAGUCUCAUGUUCCUGUAAAGUUGAUGGUUCUGAAGGCUACACAGGGUAGCUCUGCUGUCUGUGUAAGAAAUACUUGCAUGACAUUUGUGUGAGUAGUUUUGUUGACAACAAAACUUUUAUUCAACCGUUCUGUGCUGUGUUGAGUACAUACAAUUAUUUUUGAUUAAAGCACACAACAAAACUGCA